AUGAUGCCCAGCGACGAGGACGAACUCAAGGAUCUCGUCAACAUCGCCCUUCAAACAGCCAAGGAUUAUAGUCCCGGCCAGAAGGAGAUCUUGAUAAGAUCCACUUUCCAUGGCACCACCAGGAUCGGUGGUGUCCACACGAGAGAUCCUCUUGGCCUCCACGUGACAAUCGCCUCAAAGAACGAGGCACAGAUUGAACGGGGCACGCACAUAACCAGUCAUGGUUAUGUGAACGAGGAGGACAUGACAUUUCAAUACGCACAACAUUUCCAGGAGAAGCCGGAUUCCUCCAAGCGAAGAAAAAACAAGGAUGUCUGGCCUCCUUGGAAUGACCUCGAACUGCCACCAGCAUCUCGCUUUCGGUAG